AGUUCGCUGCCGGAUUUCGUGCUACGCGGUUCGUCUUGUGGAAUUUGGCUAUCGGAAGCUAGCGCGUUCGAAUUUUCAAAUUAAUCGCCGGGAUCUCAGUCGAGUAAUUGCUUUUGCAUCUCUUUCGAGAUUCCUCAAGACUGACGAAACGAUCGCGGAAGCGACGACGAAUGGUUUAUCGAUUUCGAGGUUAGAAUCGAUUAAAAUCGAUCGCGUAAGCCAGCGCGAGUGUCGCCCGAUGUUGUGAAUCGUUGUGUGUGCCGUGAAUAUAAAAAUUGCUUAACGCGCGAUUCUCUGAGACUGACUCGACACGUUUUUUUACCAUCACCACCGUUUCGCGGGACGAUUCUCGGAAUCGGAGAUUCCUGAAGAUUCUUGAAGAUUCCUGAAGAUUCUUUCACGAGAGGGAGCGAUUGUCAGCACCGCGCAAAGUUGACGCAAAUAGGUUUACGUACUCUUUCGGAUAACUAGGACCGCAGGAAGAAGAAAAGUAUUUGGCAGUUGCAAGAGGUGCGAGCAUCGGUCGGAGAUGAGGAGGGCGACUUGGUCGAUCGUCGUAACAAUCUUGCUGUCGGUGACGACACGCGAUGCCCUCGCGGAACUUUACACCGCUUUAGCGGAUAUGGAGGAGCUGCUCGAAACGGAAGCCGUGCUGAUUGAUACUCUAAACGGGUACAUCACGGCGCAGGAGCAGCGAUUGGCCACUCUGAGAAGAAACGUAGAGGAUUACGCGAGGGAACACGAAGAGGCAUCCAGAAAUAUUCAGCAGUACCUGUCGAAUCCUAUAAACGCUUAUUUGCUGGUCAAACGGUUGACCACCGACUGGAAAAAGGUCGAAGAAUUGAUAACCGAAGACGUCGGCAAGUCUUUCGUAGCAAACAUCACGAAUUCUAGGAGCGAUCUAAAAUUCCCGACCGAUGAAGACCUCAAUGGUGCUGCAGUCGCUUUGAUGAGAUUACAGGAUACGUACAAGCUCGAAACCGCGCAAGUUGCGAGAGGCGUUCUAAAUGGGGUGCAAUACAGUACCGGUCUAACUGCAAGCGAUUGCUUCGAACUAGGCCGACAAUCUUAUCACAAUCGCGAUUAUUAUCACACGGUAUUAUGGAUGCAGGAAGCUAUGGAUCGUCUGCAGGAAGAGCAAAACGCCACUACUACUUCCAAGCCCGAUAUCUUGGAGUACCUGGCAUUUUCGACGUACAUGCAAGGUAAUGUCGCCCGUGCUUUGAGUAUGACGAACGAGUUGUUGGAAUUGGUCCCGACACACGAGAGAGCGUUGGGAAAUCGCGCGUAUUAUCAAAAGGAGAUUCAAAGCAAGGCCAGCCAGUCAAAGAAGAAGCGAGGUGAGGAUGGGCAAGACGACACAGCGAUACCUGAACAGAACUUCACUGUCGCCGAGGAAAGGGUGAAAACGUGGGAGGAAAUGACGGAGAGGGAGAGGUACGAAAUGCUUUGUCGCGGCGAGGUAUCUAUUCCACGAGAAGUGGAGAAGAAUCUCAAGUGCCGUUACGUCGACCGUGGAAUUCCAUUUCUGAAAAUCGCGCCGCUCAAGGAGGAGGAAGCGUAUCUAGAUCCGAGAAUAGUUGUUUAUCACAACGUAAUCUACGACGAGGAAAUCGAGACGAUCAAACGAAUGGCUCAACCUAGGUUUAAGCGCGCCACAGUGCAAAAUUACAAGACUGGUGCCUUAGAGAUAGCGAAUUACAGAAUCAGCAAAAGCGCGUGGCUUCAAGAACACGAGCACAAGCACGUAGCGGCAGUGAGCAAACGCGUAGAACAUAUGACGAGUAUGUCUAUCGAAACUGCUGAGGAGCUUCAAGUUGUCAAUUACGGUAUCGGCGGUCAUUAUGAACCGCAUUUUGAUUUUGCCAGGAAAGAAGAGACGAAUGCGUUCAAGAGUCUUGGGACGGGCAAUAGAAUCGCAACGGUUCUAUACUAUAUGAGCGAUGUCGAACAAGGAGGAGGUACCGUAUUCACUGCCAUUAAUAUAUCGCUUUGGCCAAGGAAGGGUAGCGCGGCGUUUUGGUAUAAUCUUAAGCCUAACGGCGAGGGAGAUUUUAAAACCAGACACGCAGCUUGUCCAGUACUUACGGGAUCUAAAUGGGUGGCAAACAAAUGGCUGCAUGAAAGGGGCCAGGAAUUUCAUAGACCUUGUACACUGGAGAAUCAAGCAACGGAUGAAGUGGACAUCAGGCACUGAAAAGUAAAAAGUUGUUUGAUUAUAACAAAAGAUACAUAAAAGAAGCGCACAUACUAAGAAAUGCUUCAGAAUUUCUGCUCUGAUUAAAGAGACAUUUUAUUCUCGAAACUGUCGCACUCCGUAAAAAAGCACGCGAUACAAACUCAUUUAAGAAUAAAUAAGACGUGCAAAAAGUGUCAGCGCAAUUUCAUAGAGUAAAUAAAGUCGCUAUUCAUAAGAACA